UUGUAGUUCUCACACUCGCCAUGUGGUGCCCUCAGUAAGCGGGGACACAAACCUUCCAACCUCAAGCCAACUGUGUGCUGGGUUGUCGGUCGUCAUGUCAUUUUGUUUUAACUUCGACGUCCCGACACACGAUCCGGACGACGUGGCUGGAAAUGAACUGCAAAAUGGAAAGAAAGAUAAUGCUGCGAAACAUAAGGAGGAGGAUGCCAAACCAGCAGAGCCAGUAAAAGAGGCCAAAGAGCACCAGCCGCCAUCUGACCCAGAGUUCCUCCUGAGGGAUGCUGUCACUGAAACGGUUACCAUCGGAACUCUUCCCCCCCUUCACUUCCUUAAUGAGACCGUUUUUGAAAAGACGGCGUCAGAGAGAGAGGACGAGGAGAAAAUUCUCUCUCGCACCGUGGAGCAGAGGUCCGAUCUCAUCUCUGGCGUGUACGAGGGAGGGCUUAAGGUGUGGGAGUGCACAUACGACCUUCUGGAGCUGAUUGAGAAAGACGGAGAGACCUUUGGGGGGAAGGCUGUUUUGGAUUUGGGCUGCGGUGCAGGGCUGUUGGGGAUGUUGGCUCUGCAAAGAGGAGCCAGGCAGAUCCACUUCCAAGAUUACAACAGUACCGUUAUUGAACAGCUCACAGUGCCGAAUGUCAUACUAAACUGCCAAGAGAAUGACGAAGUAGACAGUGGAGAUGACAAAGAAGGGAGGGCCCAGGGGGAAGUACAGGAGGAUGACAGUUGUAAAAAGGAGGGGAAAGAGGUAAAAGAUGGCAACCCACCAGCUAAGAAGAGAGCUGCAGACCUUUCCCAGCACGAUUCACUCGCCAAGUGUCGCUUCUUCUCUGGCGACUGGAGCACUUUUCUUGCUUUGGUUAAAAAGGAGGAGCCACAACCCAAAUAUGACAUUAUAUUCUCCUCAGAGACUAUCUACAACACCGCAUACUACCCGGCGCUACACGAGACCCUCCACAAACUGCUGGCGCCAGAUGGACUGGUCUACAUCGCCACCAAAUCCCACUAUUUCGGUGUAGGUGGUGGACUGCACCUGUUUGAGACAUUUGUGGAGCAGAGGGGUAUUUUCUCUUUGGAUCACCUGUGGGACAGUGAAGAAGGACUUCAGAGGCAUGUCGUCGUCCUUCGUUUUAGAAAGAGCAAAGAGCACAUGAAUAAUUAAAGCAACUGGGUUUGAUAUGCAGCUUCAGUCACAUGAUAACGGACACUUAGAUACAAUAAACCAAAUGUGCUUACAAGUUGUAUGUAAGAGCAAAUGUGGCAAAACAAGGAAGAACUAUAAUAAAAUAUGCUGUCUCAUUUCCUA